AUGCCUAAAGGACGAGAUACUACCAAGUCCGUAACUUGGUUAAGUGAAGAAAUAUCCAACCAAUAUAAUUUCUCAACCACAUUUCAUUAUUACAAAAAAUUUCAAUUCAAAGAAAUAAUCGCUGAAGUAGGCGACUAUGUAUUAGUGUCAAAUGCUGAUUCUGCAGAACCUGAUACCGAAGAAGGCUGUGAUGCAGCUAAAAUACUUGCAUUAUAUGAAGAUAAAUAUAAUAAAAAUGAUCCAUUUAGAGCAAAAGUUCAGUGGUAUUCAAAACCUAGUGAUUUGCCUAAAGGGUGCUUGAAUAGUCAAGUAUCUAUGGACUUUUCUGAAAAAGAGGUUGUGGAGGAUCACCGUCCUUUUGACACAGAUGUGUCUAUAGAAACAUUCUUUAAAGAAUGCCACAUCAACACUACUUUUACCAGUGACAAUCAAAUAAGUUCCAGAAAACCUUAUCAUUACAUUUGCAGAUAUAGGCUUAUACCAAUCACUAAGAGAAAAGUUAGAUUAGAACCAGUAUUAGAAGAAGAAAGACAUGCUUUAGAACUUUUAGUGACUCCUAAGAAAAGUACAACACCUAAAACGCCCAACAGCUUAAUAAAAAAGAUGAGUAGAGCAACUAUUUCAGAAAGAAAUUGGAGUAUAAGUAAAAAUGAUGGCACAAAACUGUUGCUUAAAAGAGCAAUAUUAUCUGAUAAAAAUGAUAAAGAACCUUGUAAAACUUCAGAAAGUUACUCUCCUGCCAUUGAGAAAACUAUAAAUGUUUCACAAAGUUAUAACGAGAUUGAGGAAAUUCAGUUACUGAAAUUAAAAGAAAACUCAAAUGGAGAACUUCCAACACUAAUAAUUAGAAAACAUAUACCAACAACACCUAAACGAAAAAUUCCUUCACAACAGUCUCCAUCAAGAAAUACAAUACAUUUGACACCUAAAAAAAACUUGAUUUUUGAAGAAGAAAAAUGUUAUGCAACUCGAUCUGGUAGAAAGACUAAAAACCCUGUAUCAUAUUGUGAAUCUGAAGUAUCCCCUGUGAAAAAAACUCCUCAAAGGAGUCGUAAGGUGUUAGACACGAGUGAUGACUUUUCAAUGACCACAAGAACUCCGAGAUCUUCAAGGACACCGAGAGUAUCCAAAACUCCUAGAACUUCACUGGCAAAAACUCCAAAAACUGUUAGAAGAAUUUUAACUAGUGAAUUAACUCCCACACUCCAUUCAAGGGCUCAUUCUGUUGAAAAUAUUGAUGAUUUCACAAAAGACAAUAGUUCUCUACCGGGAAGAGAAGCUCAGCUGGAUGAAAUACUAUCUUUUGUGAGAUCAAAAUUACUAAAUAAUUUGAGUGGAUGCAUGUACAUAUCGGGAGUGCCGGGAACCGGUAAGACGGCUACUGUUAACACAGCUUUAAAGAUUCUGAAAGAGGAAGUAGAUCUACCUGAGUUUCAGCUCGUAGAGGUUAAUGGAAUGCGAAUAGCUGAGCCCCGACAGGCUUAUGUUCAGAUCUAUAAGCAGCUGACAGGCAAAUCUGUAGUGUGGGAGCAGGCCUGUGCCCUUCUAGAGAAGCGGUUCACUAAUUCCGGACCGAGAAGAGUGCCAACAGUCCUGUUGGUGGAUGAGUUGGACGCCCUCUGCAACCGAAGGCAAGACGUGCUGUACAGUAUAAUGGAAUGGGCGGCCCACAACACGGCACAGUUGACCGUGCUGGCCGUGGCCAACACCAUGGACUUGCCCGAGAGAGCUUUGGCGGCUCGCGUGGCCUCUCGCCUGGGCUUGACCAGGCUGCCGUUCCCUCCGUACACUCAUACGCAACUGCAGUGCAUCGUGGCCACUAAACUGGCUGGAGCCAACGUCACGCCGGAUGCUGUCCAACUGAUUGCCAGGAAAGUAGCCGCAGUAUCAGGCGAUGCGCGUCGGGCCAUAGCACUAUGUACACGCGCCUUAGAACUGGCGGAAGGACAGGCCGGCCUCCUGGAAGUUCAGAAGGCUCUCAACGAGGCGGCUUCCAGUGCCACAGUCAGAGCUAUCGGAUUUUGUUCACAGGCUGAAAAAUUAAUGCUCAGGGCCGUGGCUGCCGAGGUGGAACGUACAGGCUCAGACGAGACAACAUUGUCCAAAGCGUUAGCGACCGCCGCUGCGAUAGUGGCGUUGGACGGGAGGCCGUAUCGGUGCGCUACAAGCAUACGAGCCCCGACUCCAGCUCAAGCCCAAGCCAUAUGCGCAAGAUUAGCAGCACUCAAACUCCUCCUGCUGGAACCGAAGCCGUCGGAGCCGAGACUCCUAUUGAACAUCAGCACUUCCGAUGUGUACUAUGCCACUAAAUGUAAUAUUAGGAUGGAUGCAUAA